ACAAUAAAACAUUUUCUGGCCACCAUUUGUUUCCUAGUAUUUCAGUUUUUUAUUUAUAUUUUUUCAACCUAAAAUAAAAUAUAGGAAAAAAAAUUUGCGGUGGUCUUUGAUACAGAACUCACUUUGGAUUUUUUUUCCUGAUCUUUUCAUACAAUUGAUUAAUCAAACAAGAGAUAAAAGUGAGAAAUUUUGCAGAAUUGUUAAAUUUAUAAGUUUUUCUUGAGUUGCUAAUUGCUUGCUGUUCUGCACAGAGGUGAUUGUUACUGUUGGAUAUUGUGUUGCUGAGCUUAUAGUAAUUACGUGGGUUGGGUUAAAGUGGGAAAAGGGAGAAAGCUUGUUUGAGUUUUUGUGGGUGUGGUUGAAUUGAUUGAAUAUUAGCUAUUGCUACUGUUGGGGUUUGGGUGGAAUGAAAAUAUGAUUAUGAGACUGGUCAGGGGACAUUUUCGACGUCGUCGAUGGGUUCCCCUGACAAAAAGCUAUUGGGUAUUGUGAAUUUUUGGGGUCCCCGGAAAUGCGAACCAGCCAAUGUGUCAAGGGUUUUUUGGAUGCCGGAUCAGAGCUGCCGGGUGUGUUAUGAGUGUGAUUCCCAGUUUACGGUGUUUAAUAGAAGGCAUCAUUGCCGGCUCUGUGGUCGAGUUUUCUGUGCUAAGUGUACGGCUCACUCAAUUCCAAUCCUUUCGGACGAGUCCAAGAGUGAUCGAGAGGAUAGCGAUAGAAUCAGGGUUUGUAACUAUUGCUUCAGGCAAUGGGAGCAAGGAUUGGUGACCGAUAACCAUGAAACUGGUGGUGCUUCUAGUCCAGGGCUUAGUCCAUCUCCUUCAGCUAUUAGCUUGGGGAGUCUUAAUACCAGCUUUACUGGUGAUAGCAUCGCAAGUACAGUGAAUUCAAUGGCCUACUCAACUGGACCAUACGAGCAUGUGACCUAUGGUUCUUCUACAAAUCUUGAGCAAUCUUCCCAAUCAGGACAACAUAAUCAAAACAAUGGAGCGUCUGAUCCAAUCAGUAUAAAUACAUAUGUGGAUGUUGGGGAUCUAUCUUCAAAUGAUAACCAAUAUGGUUUAUGUGUUAAUAGGAGUGAUGAUGAGGAGAAUGCAAAUGGGGGGUAUUUUGGUGCUGUUAAUUUUGAUGAAAUUGACAAUAUGUAUCGAUCAUGCAAAGGAGCUUUUGAUGGAGAAGGUGAUGAUAGAAAAGCAGUUAGUCCUUUGUCGUCUGUGGUCUUUGGCUCAGAGUUUCUGGAAGGGAUUAAGGCUUCUGGGAAUGAACCAGGCAUUCCUAAUACUAAUGAUGAAUCUGAAGCUUCACUUUAUGGGAUUGAGAAUGCAGAUGCAGAUAAUUUGGAUUUUGAGAACAAUGGGAUACUUUGGAUCCCUCCAGAGCCUGAAGAUGAAGAUGAUGACAGAGAAUCCGAUCUUUUUGAUGACGAGGACGACAGAGAUGGAGCUGGAGAAUGGGGAUAUCAGAGCUCUUCAAGCAGCUUGGCCGGUGAACUUCAGCAGAGGGAAAAAGCAAACGAAGAACAUCGGAAAGCUAUGAGAAAUGUUGUUGGUGGGCAUUUCAGAGCACUCAUAACACAGCUUUUGCUAGUUGAAAAUCUUCCUGUUCGGGAUGACGACGACAAAGAAAGCUGGCUGGACAUAAUCACCUCUCUGUCAUGGGAGGCUGCUUCACUUCUUAAGCCAGACAUGACCAAAGGUAGUGGGAUGGAUCCUGGUGGGUAUGUAAAAGUGAAAUGCCUAGCAUGUGGGAAACGAAGUAACAGUUUGGUGGUCAAAGGAGUUGUUUGUAAGAAGAAUGUUGCUCAUCGGCGAAUGACUGCAAAGUUUGAUAGACCGCGCCUUUUAAUCCUUGGAGGGGCUUUGGAGUAUCAGCGGGUCUCCACCCACUUAUCAAGUUUUGACACAUUGUUGCAACAGGAAAUGGAACAUCUGAAGAUGGCUGUGCAUAAAAUCAGUUCUCAUAAUCCCAAUAUCUUAUUGGUGGAAAAGUCUGUAUCACGAUUCGCCCAAGAGUAUCUUCUUGAGCGAAACAUAUCUCUUGUACUAAAUAUCAAGAGGCCGCUCUUAGAGCGUAUUGCUCGCUGCUCUGGCACGCAAAUUGUUCCCUCUGUUGACCAUCUAAAGUCACAGUCACAAACAUUGGGUUAUUGUGAAUCCUUCCAUGUGGACAAGUACUUUGAGGAACAUGGAAGUGCUGAUCAGGGUGGGAAGAAACUAACAAAGACCUUGAUGUUUUUUGAGGGUUGUCCAAAACCCUUGGGAUGUACUAUAUUGCUCAAAGGAGCUUCUGGAGAUGAGUUGAAAAAAGUGAAGCAUGUUGUCCAGUAUGGAAUUUUUGCUGCAUAUCAUUUGGCUUUAGAAACAUCUUAUCUUGCUGAUGAAGGUGCUUCUCUGCCAGAACUUCCUUUGAAGUCUCCAAUAACUGUUGCAUUACCUGACAAACCGUUAAACAUUAAUAGAUCCAUCUCUACUGUAUCUGGUCUUGUUAUCCCACCCACUGAAAGGCCCCCGAGUGAAAACAGUCGCCUGGUUUCACAUGUUCCUUCGAUAAUCACUACAAGCACUGUUCCUUUAUCAGAAAGAAAUCAGUCAAGCUCUUUGAACGAGUACAUGGAAUCUUCCUUAAAUUUUGUGCAGUCAACUGUUGACAGCUCUCCGGACUCGUCAUUAUAUGAUGUCCCUAAUUCCAUUGGUAAUGAUCUUCCCCAAGAUGGUGUCUCAGAGCAUGUCAGCAAAUUAGGUGCGAAACAAUUUCCAGAAAACCAUUCCAUAUAUGUAAAACCAGAUGAUUGCCUUCAUGAUGAUUUUGCAGCUGCUAGUUCCUUUAGCACCUCAGUACCAUCUGGACAUAGUGUUUGCAAGAGGAAUGAUGAUUGUAGUCCAGCGACUGAACCUUAUCCCAGCACAAAUCUGUUAGAUUCAAACUAUGGUGAACAAAAUGAGAAAGUGAAGCUGCUGAAGGAAGAAUUUCCGCCCUCACCUUCUGAUGGUCAUAGUAUAUUGGUGUCUUUGACGACACGCUGUGUCUGGAAAGGAGUUGUGUGUGAGAGGGCACAUCUUUUCCGUAUCAAGUACUAUCGGAGCUUUGAUAAGCCUUUAGGACGAUUUUUGCUGGAUGAUUUGUUUGAUCAGAAUUACCAUUGCCGUGUUUGUGAGAUGCCAUCAGAAGCACAUAUUCAUUGUUACACUCAUCAGCAAGGGAGCCUUACUAUUUCUGUGAGAAAGCUUACUGAGUUUCCAUUACCUGGGGAGAGGGAAGGCAAAAUCUGGAUGUGGCAUAGGUGCCUUCGAUGUCCUCGAGUUAACGGAUUUCCUCCUGCUACUAGAAGAAUUGUUAUGUCUGAUGCAGCAUGGGGGCUGUCAUUUGGAAAAUUCUUAGAACUCAGCUUUUCAAACCAUGCAGCUGCUAGCAGAGUUGCUAGUUGUGGCCAUUCUCUUCACAAGGAUUGUCUUAGAUUCUAUGGGUGUGGACGGAUGGUUGCUUGCUUUCGCUAUGCACCAAUUGUUGUUAAUUCUGUCUUCCUUCCACCAUCAAAUCUGGAGUUCACUUGUGCUAAUCUGGAAUGGAUCCAAAUAGAAGCAGAUGAGGUAAAUGACCAGGCAGAGCUUCUAUAUACUGAAGUCUGCAAUUGCAUUAAUGAAAUCUCAGAGAAAUUUUCAAGGUCUGGAUUACUGGAAAGUAACAUAAAAGCUUGUAGAUUGAGAAAACACAUCAUGGAACUAGAUAAAAUACUGAGGAAGGAGAAAGAAGAAUUUGAGGAGUCCUUGCAAAAGGCAUUGCAAUCAAAAAGGCAAGAUGGAAUUGACAUUCUAGAAAUCAACAGAUUAAGGCUGCACUUAUUAAUCCAAUCUUAUGUAUGGGACCAGCGCUUAAUUGAAGCAUCCAGUUUAGAUGCAAAGAUAACUCAGUAUGAAUCUGAUAGUUCUAUUCUGAAAUCCAUGGAGGAAACCUGCAAUUAUGUUGAAAAGACUAAUACAAAUGCCAGUGGUGACGUAGCUACAGAAGUGGACAAUUGUGGUUCUGUGAUUUCAGAUGGAAAAAUUGGAACAGAUCUUAGCCAAGGUGUUAACAUCAAAGAAUUUAAUAAAAUGAUGUGCGAGGAAGAUCUCCAUGGGAUCAAUAUGGGUGAAGCAGAUCCAGCUAAUUCUGUAAAUGCAAUUCAAAGGAUUUCAGCUGGACAAUUCCCUAUUGGGGUGAAUUUAUCUGAUACUCUUGAUGCGGCAUGGAUUGGUGAAAUACUCUCAGGAACUGCCAAGCCCAAGGAGAACGAUGCAAUAGAUCCAUCGAGCUCAAUCAGAUCAGUAGCAGCAAGUCCCAGUUCAGAGAAGCACAAUGAUGCGCGAGAUGAGACGGAGAUUCAUCAUGCUGCUAGCAAUGCUUUGCCUCCCAAGAGUUCUGACUUUUUGGACAGCUCCACUGAUUGGUUAAAUAUGCCCUCUAUGAACAUCUAUCAAUAUACUGCAAGGAAUGCUCAAAAGCUUGAUGCAUUAGGGGACUAUAACCCAGUUUUUGUUUCCUCAUUUCGUGAAUUGAAACGCCUAGGUGGUGCCAGACUGCUGCUUCCUGUGGGUGUUGAUCAUACUGUUAUACCUGUUUAUGAUGAUGAACCAACUAGUAUCAUAGCAUAUGCACUUGUAUCGCCAGAUUAUAAAAAUCAGAUUUCUGAUGAUCCUGAGAUGAAAAAGGAUGGGAUUGACUCUGCAAUUUCUUUGACCAGCCUAGCGAGUUCCCUUUCACUCCAUCCAUUUGAAGUGGUUUCUGGGUCAAUGAAAAGUUUUGGGUCUUCUGAAGAAAGCCUUUUGUCAAUGUCUGGGUCAAGAAACUCCCUCAUCUUGGAUCCAUUGUUCUAUACCAAGGCUUUGCAUGCUAGAGUUUCUUUUUCAGAUAAUGGUCCCCUUGGCAAAGUGAAAUACACUGUCACUUGCUAUUAUGCAAAACGAUUUGAGGCAUUGAGAAAGAUUUGUUGCCCUUCUGAGAUGGAUUUCAUCAGGUCUCUUAGCCGUUGUAAGAAAUGGGGCGCUCAAGGUGGAAAGAGCAAUGUCUUUUUCGCAAAGAGUUUAGAUGAUAGAUUUAUAAUUAAACAAGUUACGAAGACAGAGUUGGAGUCGUUUAUCAAGUUUGCACCAGCUUAUUUUAAAUAUUUGUCCGAGUCAAUCGAAAGUUGCAGCCCUACCUGUCUGGCAAAGAUCCUGGGAAUUUAUCAGGUUACAUCCAAGCAUAUUAAAGGAGGGAAGGAAUUCAAGAUGGACGUUUUAGUAAUGGAGAAUCUUUUGUUCCGGCGUAAUGUUGUACGACUUUAUGAUUUGAAAGGUUCUUGUAGAUCACGAUACAAUCCAGAUUCAACCGGUGGAAACAAAGUUUUACUUGAUCAGAACUUGAUCGAGACAAUGCCUACUUCUCCAAUUUUUGUAGGGAACAAGGCAAAAAGGCUGCUUGAACGAGCUGUUUGGAAUGACACAUCAUUUCUAGCGUCGAUUGAUGUGAUGGAUUAUUCGUUAUUAGUCGGUAUUGACGAAGAAAAACGGGAGCUGGUGGUUGGUAUUAUUGAUUUCAUGAGGCAAUAUACAUGGGACAAGCACCUUGAGACUUGGGUGAAGGCCUCUGGAAUUCUUGGUGGUCCGAAGAAUGCACAGCCAACAGUCAUCUCUCCUGAUCAGUAUAAAAAGCGGUUUAGGAAAGCUAUGACAACCUACUUCCUCAUGGUGCCUGAUCAAUGGUCUCCUCCAACGAUCCUCCCGAGUGAACCUAUGUCAGAUGUUAAUGAGGAGAACUAGAAAUUUGUAGUUUCACCUUGAUUUGUUGUAGAAGUCUCAAGUCUUUGAAUUUGUCACAUCAUAAGUGUAUAGCUCCUGUUAAACAUUUUUGUUGUAAUAUCUUGUUUUUCUUUACUUUAUUCUUGUUACAUUUAUUAAUUAACUUAGUUAAUAAGAAAGGCCCUUUGAGUCAUUUGAUUUAUUCCA